AUGUCCACUCCAAAAAAGGAUAUUCUAGGAGGAAUGCAUCUAGAUGUAUUCAUUCUAGCUCACCUCGAAAGGAGUAAUCGUAUUGGGAAUAUUAAAACCAAUAUGAAGAAGAAAUUGAAGUCGGAAUACACCGUGGACUAUGUCCGAGCCCAGCUCGAUAUACUCGAGAAAGAAUGGGACGGUGUUCAAAAUCGCCAUGCAUGCAUAAUUGCAUCGACGACCCCGGAGCAACGGGAGAAACUUAGCUAUUUUAAGGCUAAACAUAUGGAUGAUUUCGAGAGAGUCUUCCACGAAACUGCUGGGUACAUUUACGAGCAGAUUCGGGCUCUCGAAAGGCAAGAAGCGCAAGAAGCGCGUGCAUCGUCAGGCGAAUACGCCGGACAAGGCCAUGCCUCGUAUAGAGCGUCAGUUCGUUUACCGAAACUAGACCUCCCGCGUUUCCGCGGAAAUCAUCCAGAUUGGCCGGCUUUCAGCGAUCUCUUCAGUUCAGCAGUCACCAAUAAUCCUACGUUGUCGGAUGCUCAACGUUUGCAGUACUUAAAAGCUGCUUUGGAAGGCGACGCAUUGCGUACCGUCUCCACGUUGGAGCUAACGAACGAGAACUUCUCGAUAGCUUGGGCAACGCUAGAAAAGCGUUAUAAUAACCCGAGACUGAUUCAGACCUCGUGGUUUAAGAAGGUAUUCCACCUCAAGCCCGUUAAGCACGACAACAUAGACAGCAUCACGCAGAUAACCAUCGGCUUACAACAAGCCUUGGACGCGCUUCCAAAACUAGGCGUCCCGGUUGAUCAAGUGGGACCAUUCCUGGUAUUCUACAUUUCCAGUCAGUUCGAUCAAGAGCUACUGGCGGAAUGGGAACAGACUUUCGAUGAUGCACGAAAGUUUCCCGCAUUUAACGAAAUGAUGUGCUUUCUUGAAAAUAAGGUGAGUGCUAUUCUUGCGGCAAAGGAUAUGCACAAUAAACCGAAUUCCUCGAAAUCCGAGAAGAAGAAAGUCAGAUCCCAUGCAACAAACGUGGAAACACGGGCACGGGAAUCGACAUCUAAUUGCUCGUUUUGUCAAAAGCAGCACCGAAUAACGGAUUGCAAUGAAUUUCGACAACGUGAUGCAGAAGGGCGUUAUUUCUGGAUUAGAGCAAAUAAAAUGUGCACCAGAUGCUUGUCUGAAGGACAUACACUUCCGUCUUGCAGAAGUAGGAUAGUCUGUGACAAAUGUGGUGCAUCCCAUCACACGUUACUGCACUACGAACGUAAGACGCGUCCACUUAAAGGUAAGCAGGACACACCUCGACGCGUUGAUCGCGGAGGUAAAAAGGAGCAUCGGAAUGCUCCGAAUUCGAGGCGUGAACCUCAAGCAGCGUCUUCGAAACAGCCAGUGUCAAUGCACUGCGACAAGACAGCUGAUCAAUCGAAGGGGAUUAACUCGGUGCUACUAGCAACAGCCUUGAUCCGUGUUUACGGACCGAACGGCAAAUCGAGCUAUGCUCGCGCUCUCCUAGACCAGGGUUCCGAAAUGUCGUUCAUUUCAGCAGAUUUAGCGAAUGAACUUUGCCUAAAAAAGAGGCGAACUCCAGCUACCGUAUCCGGACUGGGGGGCGGACGGACCGCAUUCAUUAAAAAUAGUGCCGAGGUUGGUAUUGGCGAUAGACGAGGCCAAACGCCGGUUUUAACCGCGAAUGCCAUGAUCGUCAAGAGAAUCACCUCGUACACACCACCGCGGAUUCAAGCUGACAUUCUGUCUCAAUAUAAGGGACUUGAAUUAGCUGAUCCGCACCUAUGUGCUGACACUACAAUAGAUAUACUUCUAGGAGCAGACGUGUAUGCGCGUAUAUUGACAGGCGGAUUACGUCGGAUUAACGACGACCUGCCAAUUGCACAAGAAACUGCGUUCGGUUGGAUUCUGUCCGGACCAGUACAGGGUGCUUCACCUUCCAAACUUAUCAGCUCAUUGCAUUGCAAUGUGCUCGAAUCAUUGGACAAUGCGAUUCGAAAGUUUUGGGAGAUUGAAGCGGUGCCGAUUAUCGCACACAAAACCCUGGAAGAGGCCGAAUGCGAAGAGCAUUUCAAAAGGACUGUGACACGAAACGAAGAAGGCCGUUUCGUCGUCCGACUUCCUUUUAAAAAACCGCAUGCUGAACAGGCGCUAGGAGACUCGCUUAGAAUAGCGCUCUCCGCGUUAACUCGGCUGCGGCGGAAGCUGGACGCAAAUACUGCGCUCCUUCAAUCUUACAGCGAUUUCCUGUCAGAAUACGAGUCGUUGAAUCAUAUGACCAGAUUACGGUCAAUAGAUUCUUCACGAACGUAUAUACCACACAGGGCUGUAGUGAGAGAAGAAAGCGUUACGACGAAAUUACGUGUCGUCUUUAACGCAUCGAGCGCAUCAGCGGGCGGAAGUUCGCUGAACGAAAUCCUCCACGUAGGGCCGAAGUUGCAGCGCGAUAUCACUGCAAUUUUGACAAACUGGCGGCUUUACCAGUACGUGAUGGUAGCCGACAUCGAGAAGAUGUUCAGACAGAUUCUCGUAGCCCCUGAGGACAGAAAAUUCCAGUGCAUCGUUUGGCGCAGCCCUGAGGACGAACGACUGACUGCGUUCGAACUCAAUACCGUCACUUACGGUACGGCCUGUGCACCUUACUUGUCGAUGCGCACGUUGCUGGAACUCGCGCGACAAGACGGAAGUAAAUACCCGCUUGCAGUUCCAGUAAUGGAGAACGACGUCUACGUCGACGACGUAUUUUUGAGUGCACCUGACAAAACGCGCUUGGAAGAACUACGCGUGCAGGUCUGCUCUCUGUUACAAGGAGGAGGAUUCAACCUUCGUAAAUGGGCAGGGAAUUCGGAAGAUUUGCUCCGAAACAUCCCACAGAGUGAACACUCUCACGCCGUUGACCUUACGCUAUUCAGUGAUUCUGAGUUAAAGGUCCUCGGUUUACGAUGGAUUCCAUCGGGUGAUUACUUUUUCUUCAAUCUACAACGGUUCACUCCAACCGCGACUACCAUUACAAAGAGGACUUUGUUUUCGGAAAUCGCGAAGCUGUUCGACCCCCUCGGCUGGCUAUCACCAGUCGUGAUCCGAGCAAAGAUACUUAUGCAGGCCCAAUGGCUGCAGAAACUCCUUUGGGACCAGCAAGUAUCUGCAGAGACACACCGAACGUGGAAUACGUUCUGUGAGGACUGGGCGAAGUUAAAUGAAUUGAAGAUUCCCCGAUGGGUAAAAAUUGGAGAAGACGUCGAAUCCGUAGAAUUGCACGGAUUCUGUGACGCAUCGCUAGCGGCCUACUCCGCUACUGCAUAUCUGCGCGUCAUCGCGGCCGAUUCCAGCGUGCAUACCUCGCUGUUGAUGGCAAAAACGCGAGUCGCCCCAAUUAAAACGCUUACCGUUCCAGUCCUAGAACUGAACGGAGCUCUCCUCCUCUCCGAGCUACUCUCUCACAUACAGAGUUGA